AAAUUGGUUGUAUAGUUAUAUUUUUAAAAUUCAUUGCACAAUAAGUACAGUAUAUUUAAGAAAUCGUAUUUAUUAUCUUGGUGCCUAGUACAGAUAUUUAGCGCUUAUCCCCGAUUUUUAUGCCAUUAGAAAAUAGUAACAAAUGCAAAAAUCAGUAGAUUGGAAUUAAAAUGAAGUUUCCGGAUAAGUUAUCAUUCAGUGAGAGGGCGCUGAGGAUAAAGACGAUUAGUUGUACUGUUUUUAUUGAUAUGUAAACAUGGUUAAAUUUUUAUCAUCUGUUAAUGAAAAUCGACACUGUAAACAAGGUUGAAUGAAGUACAAAUAGAUAAGAUUGAGACCAUCAUGAUCAAUAGAGACAGGAUCUGAAGAUGAAUUAUUGGAUAUCUGAAAAUAUGGAAACUGAAACUCCUCCUGCUUUACCACCUAAAAGUAAAUGGUCAACUGAUAUAGCAAAAAAUAAACAGAAUAAAAGUGAUAUUGCAUCUUCUCCAACACUUCUACCAGAUUUCAAUGUCAUUCCUACUAAUGAAAAUGAAAAAGAAACUGUGAGUAGAUAUGCUAAUGUAUCAGAUUUCAAACCAAUCCCAGCACCAAGAAAUUCAAUACGUCCAGUAUCAGAGAUUAGAACAUACAGUUCACCACAAAAAUCCACAGCACAUAAUAGUUUAAUAAAUUUAUCUUCUGGAAUUCCUAAUCCAACAUAUUUUUCUAUGCCAGUGAAAGAUGAUGCUGUUUGUAAUAACUUUUCUGAAUGUAAAGGAUCAUAUAAAAGUACUAGUACAAAAAGUGUUUGUAGCGAUACAGAUUCUAUCCGUUAUUUAGAAACAACUAAACCAAAACUAACAAAAAGUUCCAGUCUUAAAGAAAAAUGGAAACCACUGCUGAAAAUUGGACAGCAUACUUUAACAGGCAAAAAAUUAGAAAAAUCAAAAAGUAAAAGUUUGGAUCAUGAAUCUGGAGAUCAUGUAUAUGAACCAUAUGACUUUCAUUGUAAUAAAACUCACACACACAGUUAUGAGGAAAUAGCAGAUCCUUAUGAACAGAAGUGUGACAUUUUUGAUCUUGUUACUUUUAAAUCGCCUCUGUAUGGAACUUGGAUAAAAUCAGAUUCUGUUAAACAGAUUGAAUUAGAGACAGAUUCAGUAAAAUACAAUAGUUUAAGUAAAGAAACAGUAGAGACUUCAGAGUAUGAUAUGCCAUUGACACUUAAUGUACAGAGUAAAGAUUAUAAUUGUCCAUUAAUAUUGAAAAUAGAAGGGACAAAAAAAGAUGAAUGUUUAUCAGAAGAUAUUGAGUGCAAUACUAUUUAUGAUAUACCAUUGCCAGAAAUUCCUCCUCCAUCUUAUCCACCUCCACCAUUACCUAUUAAUAUUUCAAAUGAAAAAACAGAUGUAACAUUAUCUCAACCACCUGUUCUUCCUCCAAGACAACAAGUUUUGCCAACUUUUCCAUUUCCAGUUUCAACUGUAUCUUCAGAAAUAAAACAGAAUUCACCUCCUAUUCCUGCAAGAAGUCCAAUAAGUAGCAAUAAAAUUCAAUCUGAUCUCAUUUCAAUCACAGAUACUAAGAAACCAUUAAUGCCAGUUCGUCCUGCACCUCCUGUACCUAGGAGCUCAACAUCUAGUUCUGUUCCACCUAUACCAAAUAAAACUCAUCCAUUUAAUCAAUUAUCACCACCAAUGAGUAUAAAUGUGAUUAAAGAUUGUAAAAAGUAUGAUUUAAAUCAAUAUGAUGAUAAAUUCACUGCAUUUUCUAGUACUUCUAGAAGUGAAUUUUCUGAAUCAUCAAAUUCUAACAUACUAAAUUUCAGUGAUAAAAGUUUAUAUCAUUCUGGUUACUUGUUUAAAACUGGAAGCAAUAGAAAAGAAUUUCUUCAACGGUGGUGUAUACUAGACAAUAAACGUUUUAGUUACUAUAUCAAUGAGAAAGAAAGUUCACUUCGGGAUAGUAUUGAUGUAAAGCAUAUGGUUGCAAUAGCAAUUUGUUCUCAAGAAAAACACAGCUGCACAAAUUGUCAAUUAGAACUCUGUUGUUUUGAACUCAGCACAACCAAAGAAGAAGGUCGACAGUUUUUAUUUGGUGCUAGGUUGCCUUCAGAACGUCAGGAAUGGUUAAAAUAUAUUUAUAAAGCAAUGUCACCUCUCUCCUGCCACAUAGAAGAAUGGUUUAUUGAUUUUAAGCAUGCAGGUUUUGUAUAUCUGAAAGAGGGCACUGCUGGUCAUUGGCAGACAGCAUGGAUUGUGCUUAAAGGACGUAAUUUACUAGUUAGCCAGCUUGAAAUAAAUGUAAUAGAAGUAGUUGAUUUAAGAAAAUCCAUGGGUGUAGGUAAGAAAAUAAAGAAACCAUUUAAAAUGAUUUAUUUUAAAUUUUAGUACAAGUAAAAUACUAAAUAAUUAUCAUAGAUAAUUACACAUCAUUGUGAAUCCACAUCAUUGCAUAAUAUUAAGAAUAUUAAACAUUAUCAGCAUUAAAAUCUUUCUAUUUACUUGUUUUUAAGGUUAGGCAUUUAUUAUCAUUAUUAUUACAGUAAAAGCUCAAUAAAAUGGACUUCAUGUUAUUACAGAGCUGAUUUUGGUCUGGCCAAAAGUAUAGGCAAAUUAUAAGAACACUCAUUUGUGUAACAGGUUCCUGCUACCACAGACUAUUUUUCAGGUGUGCAGAUCACUGUUAUUAUGCCCUUUUAUUUCAUCAUAGUCAUCAUUUUAUUUACUUUAUUUACAAAAAAUAAUAUAAAAGUCAUUUCAUAAUAAUUUUUUAGCAUAGAUUUUUACAUUACUUUUAGUUUUUGUUUCAUUUUCUGAUUGACUAUUUUUGUUCAGUUUUGGCUUCAUUUUCUCUAUGAGUGAUGAGCAUUAGAUUUGUUUUGUAAAGCAAAGCCACAGAUCAUAAAAGAAAAGAAAAAGCUUUAGAUUUAACACAAAAAAUAGAUAUAAUUUAUCAGAUUGAAGAUUGAAAAUCUUAAGCUGAAGUUGGUAAAGAAAUGUCUUUGAAUAAGCAGACAAUUUCAGAUAUUUGGAAAACAAGAGAAAAACUAAACUGACUUUUCUUAAAACAAUUCUUUAAAAAAAAUGAAUAAAAGUAUUAUUUUAAUAAGUUUAAUAAAAAUCUAGUUUAUACACUUUACAACUGAAACUUUGUCUAUUAUGUAAUUGACUUUUAUCCACACUAUUGAUAUAGGCCUACAGUAAUGUACUACAGAUCAAUAUUACUAUAUACAAUAGAAUCCCCUUAUAUUCAUGAUAACAGAUCUGCUGAAAUGAAUUGGUGUCUUGGCCUGGAGAAAACAUCUGAAAACUGCAUAUGUGUUUUCCAGGUCUAUUAUCAAGAUUUGUUCUAACAUGAUUCUACUGUAUAGUAAUGGACUCUUUAAUAUAGCAGACAAGUCUGUAACAAGUAAUCACAAUAAAACAGACUUUCAUUACAAUGGACCAAUGUCUUCAGUCCCAUGAUAGUCCAAAUUCAAGCUUUUACUGUAUUAUAUUGGGUUGAAUGGAAAGUUUCUGCAUUUUUGAGAAAAAAACACAAGAUGAUUUUAAAAUAAUAUCAGGUAACCAAAUAAAUAAAUGUCAUUUUUGAAAUGUGAAUAAGAUGCUUAUAUUUUUUGUCUAAAGUAAUUUUAUUUAUAAAGAUAUUCACCUUCACAUUCAUUAUACUUUCUCAACAGGAGGGCAGUUUGAAAAUGCCUUUAUAUAUAUAUAUAUAUAUGAUUUGAAUGACUCCAAAAAAAUCUUAGUGUUUGGUGGACUUCGAGGAAUAUUGUUCAUCCUGAGUACUUGAAUGUUGGUCGAACCCUCACAGCAGAUUUGUACAUUGAGCAGCUACAAAGAGUAUGUGGCAGAUUAAGGUUAAAACAUCUGUCUUUGGCGACUCAUUAAGGUGUUUGUUUUUACAAGAAAACACUCGCACACACAUUGCAGAAAUUAAAGAAACAAAAUAAUACAUUUGGGAUAGGAACUUUUACCUCAUCCUUCCUAUUCUGCUGACUUAUCUCUAUUGGAUUAUCACAUUUUUUAACUUUGGAUAAUCAUAUGCAUGGAAAACAAUUUACAAAUCAUGCAACUAAUAAUAAUAAUAAUAAUAAUCUUUAUUUGUUGUAAAAGGCUUUCGCCUGUUACAAGGGCGUUUUCUUUUGAAAAACGCGUAUUAAUUUAACAUCUCAUAUAUUCUGUUCUCAUCAACACUGAUAUAUUCUAUUUACUAAUCUAUAAUUUACAUUAACAUUUUUUUUUUUUCCACAAUUAUCAUUUAAUAAAUUGUUUAACAUAGUUAUAUAACAUGUAAAUCGUGUUAGUAUUAGCUCUGUCAAAAAUCUUAAACAUUUCCCUUUCACUAUUACAUUUAGCCAGCGGUCCCAUCUGGAGCCUUUGUAAUUUAUCUUUUUCAUUACAGCAUUCACAUAUAAUAUGAACUCUAGAUAACAUUUUGGUACAUUUUGGACAUUUAGUUUGGGUAUAGUCUAUAUAUUUAUCAUUUAUAAUUAUUCCAUUUUUAUUUAGCCUAAUCUGUAUAAAAUACUUUUUGAUGUUAAAUAAGUUUUUCAUGUUAAAUCAUGCAACUAUAAAAGAGGAAAUAACUCAUUUUUAAUGCUAAAAAUGGUAUUUUCAAACUGUGAAACCAUUGAGAAAAUGUACCUAAAUUUGAAGGUGACUAUUUUGAUGAAUAAAAUUAUUUUAAACAAAAAAUACAAGUAUUUUUAUUCACAUUUCAAAAAACAACAUUAUUUAUUUGAUUAUCUGAUAUAUUCAUUAUCAAAAAUGUUAUUUUCAUCAUUUGUAAUUAUCUUCUUCUAACAUUCCACAAAUUUAUUGAUUUCAUUUGCAUAAAACACUUUUUGGAUUUGAUUCAAAAAUUGGUUAUAUAUCUGAUAAAAUGGUAAGGAUAGUAAGUACAGUGAAGUUCUAAUAUAUGAUUUUUCUUUAUUUUAAUUCAUAAAAAUACAAACUGAAACUGAAUACAAAUG